CUCAUUUUGACAGCAGCCCAGCGGAGCGGAAGUAGCAGCAAGCUAAAUACAGAGCCGAGGAGCUGAAAGGAAAGCGUUAUAAAUAAAGUGUUUAGUUUGAAUAUGAUAGAGGUUUAUUAUAUAUUAGGAUAAUUAAUAACUCUGUCUCGCAAAACGUCCUAGUGCUGAAUAUCCGGCUUUCCAGCGAGCGUGUGAACGAGGCGGUGUUUAUGAGCUGCGCUAGCUAAGCCAUGACUUAAACAACGGAAGUGCAUUUCAUAGCUUGAUAGCUGUACUUUAUUUCCAACUUGUGAUGUUUGUUCGAUGUUUAUAUGAAAUACUUUUCUGAUUAGGUGUGUAAAAUGUACGUCUAAGUAUGCUAGGAUGUUUAAAAAUGUGUUCGGCUCAGGAUUUCUCGUCAGAACUGCUCAUGUUUUCCUGACAUGGGGUAUAACGCUGAUUCUCUUCCUGCACGACACCGAUCUCCGUAGAGAGGAAGAGGCGGGCCGGCUCACGCUGCCCAUACUCUUCGUGCUGCUCGUGCUGCUUUCUGUUCUGCUCUACUUUGCUGUGUCACUAAUGGAUCCCGGGUUUGUGCUGUCCGAUGACUGCGACCUACAGUUCACUCUUGGCAUCACUGAGGAGCAACAGGACAUGAUUCCCCAGCCCAAACCAUUCCGCCAGCGUCGCUGUGGUCAUUGCCUGUUACAGCAACCGAUGAGAUCCAAACAUUGCCAGACGUGUCAGCACUGCGUGCGUCGCUAUGAUCAUCACUGUCCGUGGAUUGAGAACUGUGUAGGGGAGAGGAACCAUCGCUGGUUUGUGCUUUACUUGGCUGUGCAGUUCGUUGUGUUGCUCUGGGGGCUCCACAUGGCCUGGUCAGGCUUCAGUGACGCUGCGACGUGGUCGUUGUGGCUGAAAACAAACAGCGUUCUGCUGGUGACGUGUGCUGUGGUGGCGCUGCUGGCAUUGACCGUGCUGCUCCUCCUGGGCUCCCACCUUUACCUGGUGUCUUUAAACACCACCACCUGGGAGUUCAUGUCACGCCACCGCAUCUCCUACCUCAAACACUGCGGCAUUGACGAGAAUCCCUUCGACCGCGGGACCUUGCGCAACCUGUGGAGCUUCUUCUGUGUGUGGAGCACGGUGGUGUGGGAGCAGGUGUACUUCAGGCAAGGCUGCGAUCCCGCUUAAAGCACAACCCCGAUCAAGUGAUUGGAACGUUUUCUGGUAACAUAGCCAAGUAAAUAAAAACAUUAUGUCUUGGUUAGUAAUACAGUUCCUAAUACAUUCCUAUUAUUGAUCCAGCUCUGUAGUGAUUCUCAAUUGCAUGGACAUAGUUGUAGUUAGAACCAUGUAGAGCCUCAAUUAUUAGCAAGUCUGAUUUGAUCAAGAGGUUUGGACUGCUGGUUUUCCUGUGAAUAGAUCUGUAGGAAAUUUUCUUAUCAAGUUGCAGCUGCACUUUUUAAACUUAAUCUUUAAAGUUAAGAAUGUUUCAGCAAUGUGAGAAAGAUUGAUUUAUUUUUUUGCAUCAGUAAGCAACCUUCAAUAUUAAUUAAUAUUAAUAUUGUUUUCAUAUAACAAUUGGGAUACAAAGAUAAGAGUCAUUUUAUUACUAACUCAUAGUUCUUUACAAGCUUACCUCGUGUCAUAUUUUGCCAUGACACAAAAGAACGUCUGUAAAAUAAAGAAAGCGGACAAUAAGGAGCACAACAUCACUUAAUGUGGCGAUAAAGACAGGGUAAAUGACUCGUGUGAAAUUUUACAGCAUCAUCAGUUUCCUCUGUAAUUUUUAGACACUUCAGUUUGGGAAGUGCAAUGAAAGCGUACUACUUAAAAAAAAAAAAAAAAAAAAAAAGAA